AUGAUGGGCUCCACAAUUCAAGACACCUUCCCUUUAACCAUCCCGGACUGGAGAACAGCUCAGGAGGACGACAAUGGCCUACCCCGUCUCCUGAAACUUCGUGAAUCUGAAGCCAGAUUAAAUUCCAAUGUAUGGAUAGCUCUGGCCACACCAACCCAGAUCAAGAAACAAUGGGCUCAUGCCGAGUCCCUGCGAUCCGACGGUGCCACUUUACCACUCUUCGGCGUCCCCUUUGCCGUCAAAGAUAACAUAGAUGUCGCCAGCUUUCCCACAACUGCAGGCUGCCCCAGCUUUGCAAAUGGCCCUGUCGACAAGGAUGCUACCGUCAUCGCUCGCCUGAGAGCCGCCGGUGCUAUUGUACUCGGCAAAACCAACCUCGACCAAUUUGCAACAGGCCUUGUAGGUACCAGGUCACCCUAUGGUCCUGUGGGGAACCCUUUUGAUCCCACGAGAGUGAGUGGUGGUUCGAGCUCCGGCAGUGCCGUUGUUGUUGCUAGAGGGGUCGUACCGUUUUCCCUGGGAACUGAUACUGCAGGCAGUGGCCGUGUGCCCGCUGGCUUGAACAACAUUGUUGGGCUGAAACCCACGAGGGGUGCUCUCAGUACGGCCGGAGUACUGCCCGCGUGCCGCAGCCUUGACUGUGUGUCCAUCUUUGCCCUCACUAUCAACGAUGCCGAAACGGUGCUAUCAGCCGCAGAGGGAUUUGACCCUGAAGACUCUUUCUCGAGAUCUAGACUGCGUAGUAUAGAAGUUCCUAAACAACGACGCAUGGCUAUUUGUGAGAGCCCACCUUGGUUCGGCAAAACUGAGCAAGCAGUCGCGUACGGUAAAGCCUUGUUGAAGGCUGAGUCCCUCGGAUGGCUCCUUGAGCUUAGGGACUUCUCAUCGCUAUUCAAGCUCGCUAGCCUGUUGUACGAUGGUCCAUGGAUUGCCGAGCGAUAUGCCGCAAUUAAAGACUUCAUCGAGUCACAUGAACAUGAGAUGGAUCCCACGGUUCGGGAGAUCAUAUUGAAGGCCAGGAAUUUUGACGCCUCGGAUGUUUUCGCAUCAGAAUACUUGCGUCAAGAUUUGACUCGUGAGAUACAAGGCAAGUUUGCCGAGUGUGACGGGAUUCUGGUGCCUACGACACCCACCUUUCCAACAAUAGAGGAUCUCGCCCGAGAACCAAUCAAAGAAAAUGCGUAUUUAGGCACUUUCACUAACUUCGUCAACUUCAUGGACUGGGCCGCCAUAUCUGUCCCGGCUGGCUUUAGAUCAGACGGCUUGCCUUUCGGUAUUACAUUAAUUUCUUCCUGUUGGGAAGAGGAAAAGCUGCUUACUUUUGCACGUGAAUGGCUAUCUGCGGUCCCUCGAGCUCUCGGGGCCACUGACAUUAUAAGGCUAGAGCCACUAAAACCCGAAGUUUUCGCCGUGAGAGAGUCCACAACAACUCGUCUUGUAGUGGUAGGCGCUCAUUUGAUGGGGUUCCCUUUGAACAAAGACCUGACGUCUCGAGGAGCAACACUAGAGACGGCAACAACUACCUCUGCCAACUACAAGUUAUAUUCUCUCAACACUUCCGGAACACUGAAAAAGCCGGCCCUCAAGCGUGUUCCCGCCGGCGGUAGUGCCAUUAAGGUUGAGGUCUGGAAUCUACCUAACGUAGAAAUGGCCACCUUCAUGAAGACAGUGUCCUCUCCCCUUGGCAUCGGCUCCGUUGAGCUGGCGGACGGCAGUUGGGCUCACGGAUUCGUAUGUGAGCCCUACGGUCUGAGCAACGCGACCGACAUCACUGUGUAUGGAGGCUGGAGGGCCUUCACCGAAUCUGUCGAUUUCAAGUCCCAUGUCAGUGGAAUGUCACCAAACGUCUCCACAGCUAAGACUAUUCAAGUCAAAUCUGUUCUUAUAGCAAAUCGCGGAGAGAUUGCCGUCCGAAUCAUUCGCACACUACGUCGAAUGGGUUUAAAAGCUAUCACAAUUCACUCCUCUGCCGAUGCGCGCUCCCCGCACGUUCACAACGCCGAUGUCUCCCUUGCCCUAGAAGGUAGCUCUGUCUCGACGACUUACCUCAAUGGUCCCCAAAUUUUAUCCUUGGCAAAGCGUGCCGGUGCGGAUGCCAUCAUCCCAGGUUAUGGCUUCCUAGCUGAGAAUGCCGACUUCGCCUCUUCCGUGGAAGCUGAAGGUAUGAUUUGGGUCGGGCCCACAGCCGACCAGAUGCGGAAGCUGGGAUUGAAGCAUCUUGCUCGCAGUGUUGCGAUUGCGGCCGGCGUCUCUGUCAUACCAGGUAGCAACCAGCUUCUUAAGAGCGUCGACGAGGCGCUAGCUGAAGCAGAGCGUAUUCAAUACCCUGUAAUGCUAAAGAGUACUGCGGGAGGUGGUGGUAUUGGCUUGAAGCGCUGCGACGACUCCAAAUCACUCGCUGAGGCAUUCGAGAGUGUUCAGCGACUAGCUCACGCCAACUUCGGUGACGCUGGUGUUUUCAUCGAGCAUUUCAUUGAGCAUGCACGUCACGUUGAGGUGCAAAUAAUUGGUGAUGGGAAGGGCAAUGUUGUGUCGGCUGGUGAACGGGAUUGCUCGCUUCAGCGACGGAACCAGAAGGUUAUCGAGGAAAGCCCCGCAGUGUUUGUGCCUGUUGACGUCCGGGCUAGAAUGCGCAAAGCAGCCGUUGAUCUCGCCUCGGCAAUCGGAUACCGAAACCUAGGCACUGUCGAGUUCAUCUACAAUAUCGACACUACGGAUUUCUAUUUUCUUGAGGUCAAUACUCGGCUUCAGGUAGAGCAUACGGUGACAGAAUCUGUUACUGGGCUGGACUUAGUGGAGUGCAUGAUCCGCGUGGCAUCUGGCGAGUGCGAUCACCUCUUUAAGGGCAAGCCAGACGGGUUCCAGGUGAUGGGCAAUUCCAUCGAAGUGCGUGUUUAUGCCGAGAGCCCUCUUCAAAACUUUCGUCCGUCUCAAGGUCGUCUCCUGGAUGUCUCGUUCCCAACAGAUGUACGCGUUGACACUUGGGUUGAGGCAGGUAUGGAAAUGUCUUCAUCCUAUGAUCCUCUGAUGGCCAAAGUUAUUGCUACAGGCCAAAACCGGAUGGAGGCGAUUUCCAAGUUGGCCAUCGCUCUAGACAAGAUUGUGAUUACAGGGGUGGAGACCAAUCUAGAAUACCUACGUCGCAUUGUCAGCUCUGAGAUAUUCAAUUCCGGUGACUUAACCACCACUUCACUCGACGGUUUUGAGUUCGAUGCAAAACUAGUCGAAGUUGUCGACUCUGGUACUCUGACAACAGUCCAAGACUACCCUGGCCGCAAAGGAUUGUGGCACGUCGGCAUUCCACCAUCUGGGCCUUUCGACGACUAUUCCUUCAGACUGGGCAACAGGCUAGUUGGUAACCAUUCACGCGCGGCUAGUCUGGAAUGCACUGUACAGGGACCGAGUCUGCUCUUUCACACCGACGCGAUUGUAGCCGUCACCGGUGCGCCCACUAGAGUUACGAUCAACAAUAUGCCCGCCCAGCAAAACAUGGUUAUCAGGAUUUCCAAAGGAGAAACUCUCUCGGUUGGGGCUCCAACAGCUGGUUGCCGUACCUAUGUUGCUGUUCGUGGUGGCAUCGACGUUCCCGAGGUUUUCGGUUCCCGCUCAACUUUUACCUUGGGCCGGAUAGGGGGUCACAAUGGCCGAAACCUUCGCGCCGGCGACCUCCUUCCCAUCGGUGUCAUGGUUGUUUCUACAGCCUCGGAAGUGACUUUUCCUAUUAUAUCUAUCCCGUUAGAGUCGGAUAAUUCCAUUUGGACUCUUGGAGUAAUACCUGGGCAGCAUUCAGCGCCCGAGCACUUCACUGAAGAGGGCUUCGACACUCUUUUCAGUGGCGAGUGGGUCGUUCAUUAUAACAGCAACCGCGUUGGCAUCCGUCUAGACGGUCCGAAGCCUCAGUGGGCUCGAUCAACUGGUGGUGAAGCGGGAUUGCACCCGUCCAACAUCCACGACAGCCCCUAUUCAGUUGGCAGCGUCAGCUUCACCGGCGACGAGGCCGUCAUUUUGGCUUCUGACGGUCCCAGUCUUGGUGGUUUCGUUGUCUUCUGCGUCAUAGCAUCGGCCGAGAUGUGGAAGCUUGGGCAGCUUCGACCAGGCGAUAAAGUGAAGCUCAAGCCCAUCAGCGUCAACGACGCGCUCGCCCUGGAAACUGCCCUAGAGGAUUCCAUAGCCAAAAUCACUCCCUUAAAACACGAAAAAACGCUAAUAACCAAGGGUUACGCACCAGACGAUUUGAACCCUUUGCUCGGUAACAUCGGCACGGGGGGCCGUCAUAUUACAGCCCGACAAGCAGGUGACAACUCGGUGCUCCUUGAGUUUGGAACAGAAGACAUCUUCUCUCUCCGUCAAAGCCUACAGAUCUUCGCCUUCAUUGACCGUCACAACAAAAGCCCCAUCCCUAACGUCCUCGACCUCUCCCCCGGUGUCCGUACCUUACACGUUCAGUACACUCCAGGAACCCCACCACUGAAAAUACUUUCAGCUCUCUGCGCCCAUGAGAGGUCGCUAGGCACUGCAAUACCCUCUUCUCUCCCUUCUCGCACCAUUCGCUUGCCCCUCGCCUUUGACGACUCCGUCUCCCGCGCUGCAGUCGCUCGCUAUGCUGCCACCAUUCGUGCCACCGCUCCCUGGCUUCCCAGCAACAUCGAUUUCCUCCAGCAACUGAACGCUCUCAACUCCCGGGACGAUGUGGAAUGUAUUUUCCUCGACGCAACUUUCCUCGUGCUAGGUCUCGGAGAUGUUUUCCUCGGCGCCCCCUGCGCUGUACCGCUGGACCCACGUCAUCGACUCUUUGGGACCAAAUACAACCCAUCUCGCUCAUUCACUCCCCGUGGGGCCGUCGGAAUAGGCGGGCAGUAUAUGUGUAUCUAUGGCAUGGACUCUCCCGGCGGGUACCAACUUGUGGGACGUACAGUGCCGAUCUGGGACGACGUAGCUGCCUCGGCCGCGUCUCAGCAAUCUCCGCCAUGGCUAUUCCGGCUAUUCGAUAGGAUCUCCUUCUACAGCAUCUCCGAGGCAGAACUCGACACCGCCAUCGAGCUAGGAAAGACCGAUACCCUCAUUAAGAUCGAUGAGGGCAGCCUAAAUUUAGAUGAAUACGAGGCUUGGCUCGAGACGAACAAGGACGACAUCGAAGCCACCCGUUCUGCGCGGGCCGAGGCCAUUCGUACGGCGCCUUUUAUGCAGGAGCUUUUACAGCCGUAUCAUUUUCCAGAGACAGAACGUAGGCGAAUUGAGAAAGAAGACAUUGCGGGCGAGAGGGUGAAGGCGCAGAUGCCCGGGCGAUGUUGGAAAUGCGAGGUCAGAGUCGGAUGUGAGGUCGAAGUCGGGGAUACACUUGUGUGGAUCGAGUCCAAUAAGAUGGAGAUAAAGAUCGAGAGCCCUGUGAAGGGGAAGGUGGUCAAGAUGCUGGUUUCUGAGGGGGACAUUGUCGGGCCGUACGAUGAUUUACUCAUUAUCGAGACCGAGCAUUGA